AAAGAAUGAAAGCAGAUUCAUUUUACGGACUGCAUUAUUACUACACACACUCUGAGCACAAACUGCGCCGCUAAAAUGAGCGCAUUGCAGGUCGAAAAUCUCUUCGCAGUCGUAGGGAAGGUAGUUCUCGUGACAGGAGGUUCUCGUGGGAUUGGGAAAAUGAUUGCCUCCGCAUUUGUGAGGAACGGUGCUAAGGUCUAUAUCUCGGCCCGUUCUGCAAAAGAAUGUCAAGCCACCGCAGAAGAACUCGGAGCCAGUGGUCCAGGUUCAUGCACCGCGAUCCCUGCCGACAUGUCCAAAUUUUCUGAGGUCGAGCGGUUUGUGCAAGAACUCUCCGCGCGAGAAACCGUUCUUAAUGUCCUCAUCAAUAAUGCGGGGACAACAUGGGCAGAACCUAUCGAUGAAUACCCAGACGAGGGUUUUUCAAAGGUCCUCACUCUGAAUUUGCAACGUGUGUUCACUCUGAUGCAAAAAUUGCUGCCAUUAUUACGCGCGGGCGCAGCUCAAGGUGGUAAGACAGGGGCUGUAUAUAAUGAUCCGACGCGUAUCAUCAAUAUUGGCUCGGUCGAGGGCAUCGGUGUGCCCGAUCAUGACACAUACGCCUAUGCUGCUGCCAAAGCUGGUCUCCAUCAUCUCAGUCGCCACCUCGCCGGCCGUCUUGGGCCUGAAGGCAUAGUCAGCAAUACUAUAGCCUGUGGCGCGUUCGAAAGCAAGAUGACGGCCCAUUUUUUUGAAGCUGCGGGGAACAUCAUUAUCAACCAGGUCCCGACGAAUCGCUUUGGCACGCCUGAGGACAUCGCAGGGACCACGCUGUUCUUGGCUAGCAGGGCUGGCGCGUACGUGAACGGCGCGACCAUUGCACUCGAUGGUGGCUUUCUUGUCAACAUGCCGAUGAGCAAGCUGUAAGGAGCUCAACGUUAGAUGCCUUAUCAUUUCACAUCCAGGAAGAACAUGCCUAAGUAACCUAAUCACACCCGGCUGGCAGAGUUCUGCACAU